ACUCUCUGGUUCUUACAAAGCUACCUAGUCUCCAAAUACUUUUAUUAGCUUCAAACAAAAUGGUUAACGUGAAGGAAUUAUGCUGGAUUGUGCUGCCUCUUUUUAUGUUAUUAAUCUUGUUUUCUGGUUAUAUUUACUAUGCAUGCAGGGAGCAAGGCAGCUACCACCGCCACGUCAUCGUCGUCACUGACAGAAUCACUGCUUUGUUUUCGAUGAUCCGAAGCUUCAUCAAGAACGUCUCUUCUGAGUUGAACAGAAAUAAAGCUGAAUAUCUGAAUGUUGCACAUAAGCUAGCACUCGUUGCUUUAUCCAAGUCUGCAACAGGGGAUGCAGAUAUUUGGAAAGUUUACUGGAUGACAAGCUUUGCGACAUUUGCAAUUUGCUGUUACUGUCUAAAGCUCUUUGUGGAAAGAAAGAGAGCUCAACUUACUCCAUCAUCCCAAUCCGUCACUCCACCCAAAACUGAAAAAGUUCUCACCACAACAAAUGCUUUAGAUUUUAUAGUUCUUGUGUCAUAUCUUCGACUUGCUUUUGUCUAUUUCAUGGAGCUUAAUUUGAAAAAUCAUCCUUCGGAAAAUAUUUGGAAAGAUCUUUCAUAUGCUACAAAAAUAUGUAUUGACGUAGCAGGUGUCCUGAUAAUACUCAUGAUUAUUAUUGAAAUAGCUAAUACGGAGCAACAGGUGGAGGACCAAUCUGUUGCAGAUCCACCCAAAGCAGUACUGUGGGCUGUGAAGAAUCAAUCAGUAGUAGUAGUAAUGAAGGAUGUGAAGAAUCCAUCAAAUGCUGAAGAUGCUGAUCUACUUAAGGUGCCAAUAUAUAUCGAUGAUUUGGAGAGUCAAUUAUCUGCAGAUGCAAAUAAACAGAAAGUGGCACUACAAAUUGAUGGUAAGAACGAAACCUGAGAGGACUAGCAAUCAAAAGUUAAUUUAUUUGUAAUAUAGAUUUUAUUGGAGGGAAUUCUGCUCAUCAUCUUGCCUUGACACCUGUCUCCUGUUGGACCACUUCUCUGCUAAUAAAGACGUUGCCUGUGUGCACUACUUGUCUGCAUUCUAAUUCUGUUAGUUAGAAUAUUCCACGUAGUCUAUUUUCCUCACCAUAUAUGUGAGUGCUCUGCCUUGUAUCAGACAUGAAUGAUUGUUUAGGAAUUCUAUCUAAAGUUGUUUUCUCCUUUGAAUCC